AUGGACGUCGUUCGCUCUAUCGGGACUUCCCUUGCCCGGCUCGUCUCCACCCAGAAGAUUCUCUUGAAGCCCUUUCUUCUACACGCCAUGGUAGAAACGCCUGCAUCGCUCAAUUUCUUCCUCAACCCUAGCGGGCAGCUCCCGAAUUGCACUCCUCAAGUUCAUGCUGUCAUACGUCAAUAUGCGGUUCUCCUAUUCUCGUCGGUUCUCGUCGCCUUGAGCUUCGCGUUUAAGGACCUGGACGAGUCGAGUGGGCAGGCAGCAGGAGCUCUGGCACUUUACCAUCUAGCACCCGUGGUGAGAGCUACUGGGCGGCUUAUGGAUCGUCAGGCUGUUUGGCAGCCGCUGCUUUUUGUCACGGUGCAUGGUGUCUGCCUUGCUGGCCUGUUGAGCUGUUGCUGGGAGCUUUAUUUGAAGAACCAUUUUGCCACAUGA